UGCUGGCUUGCAUCGCGGCUCAGGUCGCCAAGGUGUUCACAAACUAUGCGUCCACCAAAACCUGGGACUGGAUGCUUUGCCUCAGCGCCGGCGGCAUGCCGUCCAGCCACACGGCGUUGGUCACCGCACUCACCACGGCGAUUGGCAUGGAGGUGCGCCCCCGCGCGCGCGCGCGCCUCGGCACUGGCGCUCAAUGA